AUGUCUGAUAAGGGUGAAAUCGACGAUGGUGUUUGGGCGGGGGCUACACUAGAGAAGGGGGAUGGUGUCACCGGCUUGUGGUCUGUGAUAGGUUAUAAUCUCAUAUCACCUGCUUCACCUACCACCUUAAAAAACCCAACUACCAAACAACACAUCCAAACCGUCAAAAUGGGCGCUGUCGUCUCCUGCAUCCAAUCCGUCUUCCGCACCAUCGGUGCCUGCCUGACCUCCAUCGUCUCCGGCAUCGGUGGCAUCUUGAUGGCCAUCAUCAACGGCAUCGUCUCCUGCUGCAACAUCAUCAUCAACUUCCUGACCUGCGGCACCUGCGGUCGUCGCGGCGGACGGUCCCACCACACCACGACUAGAAGUCGAGUCUGA